CUGGUACAGGUUUCCUAGAGAAGCUGUGGCUGCCCCAUCCCUGGAAGUGUCCAAGGCCAGGCUGGAGCACCCUGGGAGGUGGCACUGGAUGAGCUUUAUGUCUCUUCCAACCCAGAACAUUCAAGGAUUCCAUGGUUGGAGCUGACUCCUGCUGAUUCCUCCUCUGCAAGGGCUGAUCAAAGGCCACCGGCAGCAGAUGAGCCGCUAGAGCUGGAAGCAGAGCCCCAGGAAGCCGCAGAGCCAUGGGAGACAGUUGCCCUCCUUCCCCUGGGCUCUCUCAGGGAUCCAAGCAGGAGCCGGCCCCCAGGCCCAAGAGGCUGUCAGAUUGCUCAGUGCAGGUGCAGGCCCUGCAGUCAGCCAAGAAAGCCUGCGUGCUGAGGCGUGGCUGCAGCACUCCAGAUCCAGCAGGGAAUCCUCUCUUCCCUUCCCCAGGCUCUGGCUGCUCCCUUUUCCUGGAUGAGAGUGGCCAGGACGAGCUCGGUGCCAGUUUUGCCAUGUCCAAGUACGACGACGUGGCCAUUUCCCUGGACACCAGCAGGUGUUUUGACGACAGCGAGCUGGACGAUUCCCUGCUGGAGCUGUCGGGCAGCGAGGAAGAGAGUUCUUCCUUUGAUUACACCGAGGAAGAGAUCCAGGAAAUCCUGGCCGAUGAUUCCCUGGAAGCUGAGCAGCAGCACCUCGCUGGUGAAAGCCACCUGAGCCAAAGCGAGGGCGACAAGGCCGAGAGCAGUGGCUGCACCACGGGGAUGUCGGUCAGCGAAUUGGCCUCAGAGGUCCCAGAGGAGCCAAAGGAACCCCAGGAGCCUCUGUCAGGCAGCUCUGGCUGUGAUCCUGGAUUUUUGAGUGGCAGUGUUGCUCUGGAUGGGGCCCAGCUGCAGCAGGAGCUGGAUCUUGACCUGCAGGAGCUGCUGAGCCUGAGCCCGUUCGCCGCCGCCUGCGCCGAUGAGGCGCUGGAGGAAAAUAACCUGGAAAGAGAAACGUUGGAUGCAAUGAUAGAUGAUUGCUUGGGAUAUUCCACAGCUGCUGGGAGCUGCAUUCCUCAAAAAUCCACGGAAGGGGUGAUGCCUAAAGGCCAGGAAAGCCGGGCUCAGGAUUGCCUGGGAAAAUCUGUGCCCUCAUCCAACUUUCCCUGUGGCCAGAGCAUGGAGGAUGAGGGUCCAGCAUCUGUGUUGCCACCAAAGAAAGAACUUCCCAAAGCAACAACGAGCUGUUCCUCAAGGAAAUCGGGCUCUCCAGAGGAUGCUGAAGGGAAACCCACAGGAGCUGAGCAGCCACCAGGCAGCACUAAAUUAAGUGACACAGCUGUAGGCCAGACUGGGCAGGAAGAGCCACACAGUGGGAAGAGAAGUGGCAAAGUAAUUCCUGUCCCACAAGAGGAAGAAAGGCCAAAACAAUGGACCUGCAUUUCAGAAGCUCAGCCUGAGCAAAAGAAACGUUUCUCUCCAGGCUGUGACCAUCCAAGUGAGGAAAAGUGUGGCUAUCACUUCAGACUCCGAACUCUCCCAUCCCCUGGGGCCAGCCUUCCUCGGUUCCGCCGUGCCUGGGGCCCUUUUGGCAGGAGCAGGUCGGAGCCUCCGCUGUGCACCAAAAAAUCCUGAGCCCUGGAGACGAUCCUUAAUCCCUUCCCGAUGCUGAGAACCCCUCCCUGCCCUCCAUUAAAUGUUUUCCUCAUUA